UCUGCGUCUGACGCACAGUGAUGACGCAACGUUAGCUUCGAGGCUGCCACUUUUGCUUCGUUUAUUUACCCGAAGUGUGAUUCAACUCCUUGAUAUCAGACAAGGAGCAUCCACGUGUACUCAUUCCUGAGUUAUGUCGACUCUUUUACCAGCUGGGAUGGGUGACGGGGACAGGCGGUGGGAUCAGUCUCAAACAGGGAGACCAGAUUUACAUCGCACCGUCAGGCGUCCAGAAAGAGAGAAUACAGCCAGAAGAUAUGUUUGUGUGUGAUGUGCAGGAGAGGGACAUCUGUUCUCCACCUGCAUGGAAAAAGUUAAAGAAAAGCCAAUGUACACCACUUUUUAUGAACGCCUACACUAUGAAAGGUAUGAUGACAUGUUGCUGGUGCCUAUUAUUGAAAACACCCCGGAGGAGAAGGACUUGAAAGACAGGAUGGCUCGAGCAAUGGAAGAAUACCCAGAUUCAUGUGCAGUUCUUGUCCGUCGACAUGGCGUUUAUGUUUGGGGAGAGUCAUGGGAAAAAGCAAAGACCAUGUGUGAAUGCUACGACUACCUGUUUGACAUUGCAGUCCAGAUGAAGCAGUGUGGAUUGGACCCCUCAGCCCUUCCAAAGGAAGAAAUGGGAAUAGUCUGACAUUUUCUGGUGCCUAUUGAAAAGACAUUUGUUACAGAAGGGUUAGUGCAGUUCAAUCAGGGGGGCAGAUUGUAAUCAUUUGCCUUUCAUGGCAGCCUGCUUCAAAAUUGAUGAAAUUUGAUGGUAAGGGCAAAUUCAGGGUUGAAGAUCGAAUGGCUGUAAUCUGGAAGUACCUGCAGGUGCACUGUAAAGCACUGUGGGACAACUCACCAGAGAGUAGCUGUCAAACCAAUGUCCUCAGGUUCAAAUGCUUUAUUGUUCAAGCUUGACUGCACCGGAAUCAAAGUUUUUCCGCAUGUCAGGGAUGAAAAGAACAUGUAUCUCACUUGAUCUGUAAUAUUUUUAACAUCCUGUGCCUGCAUGAAUAAAACAUAAACUGUCA